AUGGAGUUUGAAAAAUUUGUGGAUAUAGGUAAGAGUCUAGGAUUGGAGAAGUUGGAGCUGCAGAAAUUCGUUAAGGAGCAGAUGGAAGAAUGGAGAGAACAAACGAGACUAGAUAGAGAAGAACGAGCAAGAGAAAGAGAGGGUGCUAAGGAGUUAGCUGAUGCACAUGCUAGGGAAAAGGAACGUGAGAGAGAGGUGGCUAAAGAGGUAAGGGAAUAUGAAAGACAAGAGAAGGAACGUGAACGAGCAUUCCAGCUGGAGUUGGAGUUUGAGAAAAGUAAGAGAGAUAGUGGUAGUUUAUCUAAGUCAAGUGAUAAUUCGGGUGUCCACAAAGCUAAACUUAAAAUGCAUAUAUUUCAAGAUGGGAAAGAUGAUAUGGAUGCAUAUUUAACCAGUUUUGAAAGGAUGUUGACAGUGCAGAAGUCACCAACAGAGGAAUGGGCUAUUCACUUGGGUACUUUAUUAACAGGUAGAGCUAGAGAUGUGUAUGUGAGAUUGAGUAAUGACGAUGCAAUGGAUUAUGACAAAUUAAAAACUGCGUUGCUGUAUAGAUAUGAUCUUACUCAAGACGGGUUUAGACAGAAGUUUAGAACUGCUAAGAUUGAACCAGGAGAGACGUACACACAAUUUUUGAACAGAUUAACUGGGUAUAUGAAUCGAUGGAUCAAACUGAGUGAGAUUACGCAAAGUUAUGAUGGAUUGUUUGAUUUAAUAAUACGUGAACAACUUUUGAAUUCAGCUGGGACUGAAUUAACAUUGUACCUAAAAGAAAGGACUCCAGAAGAUGCUUCUAAAAUGGCGAAAUUAGCAGAGACGUUUGUGGAAGCAAGAAAAGAAACGAAUCAUGGUAAGAAAGAAGCGGGAAGAAGUAGAUGUGAGUAUUUAGGAGAUAGUAGAGUUAGAGGAGGACAGUCAGGAUUUGAGAAAGGAAGAUGGUUAACUGAUCAGUAUAGAAAUGACAGAAGUAGUAUCGAUAGAAACUUAGAUUCUCGACCAUGGCCACCAAAAUGUUUCAUUUGCAAUAAAACUGGUCAUAUAGCUAGAAUAUGUCCGAGUAGGAAACGACCAGAACAGACAAGUGUUAAGGAAGUCAUUGGUUGUAUGGUUUCACUAAAGAAAGAGAAAAUUUUGGAUAGAGAUAGCAAUAUGAAUGUCUUUGUUGGAACAUGCUUAGGAAAGGAGACAACUAUCAUUAGGGAUACGGGUUGUUCAACAGUGGUAAUAAGAAGAGCAUUAGUACCCGAAAAUGACAUGACAGGUGAAAUGGGAAGUUACGUUACACUGGAUGGGGAAGUUAAGGAAGCACCUUGGUGUGAAACAUAUAUCAAGACACCGUAUUUUACUGGAAAAGUCAGAGCUAUGGUAUUGGAUAAUCCUAUUUACGACAUUGUAAUUGGAAAUAUAACAGGAGCAGAAGGUGUAACGAAGAAAGAUAUAGCACAGACCAUUGGAAUAAUGGAAACCAGAGCACAGAUGAGAAAGGCAAGUUGUAAAAUGCAAUCACUGAUAACACCAACAGUACAAAUAAAGGAGAUGAAUGCUGACCAGAUAAAGCUAGAACAACGUAAGGAUGGAAGUUUAGAUAAAUUGUUUAAUUUGGCAAAACAGGGUGAGGAAACCAUGAGAGGUCAAAACUUUUCUAAAUUUGUGAUAGAGAAAGGAUUGUUGAAAAGGAAAGCACAAUCGCCAAAUGUUGAACAUGGUAAAGUAUUUGAACAGGUGGUAGUGCCUACUAAGUUGAGACAAGGCGUGAUGAAGAUCGGCCAUGAAACAAUAAUGGCAGGACACAUGGCUACAAAGAAAACUAUUGACAGGGUUCAGCAGCACUUUUAUUGGCCAGGGUUGCAAGGAGAUGUACGACGAUUCUGCCAGUCGUGUGACAUAUGUCAAAGAACCAUUCCAAAAGGUAGAAUAGGAAACGCAUUAUUAGGUAAGAUGCCAUUAAUUGACAUUCCAUUUCAGAGAAUAGCUGUGGAUUUAGUUGGUCCGAUUGAUCCAAUGACUAACCAAAAGAACAGGUACAUAUUAGUUAUUGUGGAUUAUGCAACACGGUAUCCGGAGGCAGUCCCGUUGAAAAACAUCGAUACAAGAACAGUUGCAGAAGCCUUGGUAGGAGUGUUUAGUAGGGUUGGAGUACCAAAGGAAAUUCUGACGGAUAGAGGAACACAAUUCACCUCGGAUAUGAUGAAGGAGAUCUCUGCAAAGGAUAUUGGCAACUCCCAGUGGAAGAGGAAUCCCGGGAUGCAACUGCAUUCAUUACACCACAUGGUCUGUAUAGAUGGAAAGUAA